CCCCCGCGCCGGGCGGCCCCGGGCUCAGAGCGGCGGCGGCAGGCUGAGGGGACGCAUCGCAGCGCGGCGCGCGACCAGCCCGACUCGGCCGGGAUCCGCCUCAGCCCGGCCCCGCAAUGGGCUGCACCGUGAGCGCCGAGGACAAGGCGGCGGCCGAGCGCUCUAAGAUGAUCGACAAGAACCUGCGCGAGGACGGCGAGAAGGCGGCGCGGGAGGUCAAGCUGCUGCUGCUGGCAGCAGUGAUCAGUCUGGCAUCUGAACCUCCAUGGUCACUUGGAUCGCUAAGAGGUCUGAAAUGCAGCUCCCACCCUGGGCGUGGCCAACAACCUGGUUUGUAUGCUACACAACUCCACCCCUUGAGGAGAUGGAAGUGUAGUGGUGCAGGAGAGUCUGGGAAGAGCACAAUUGUCAAGCAGAUGAAGAUUAUCCAUGAGGAUGGCUACUCAGAAGAGGAGUGCAGGCAAUACAAAGCCGUGGUUUACAGCAACACCAUUCAGUCCAUUAUGGCCAUCAUCAAAGCCAUGGGCAACCUGCAGAUUGACUUCGGAGACCUUGCAAGAGCGGAUGAUGCUCGUCAGUUAUUUGCACUCUCUUGCACUGCAGAGGAGCAGGGAAUCAUGCCAGAGGACCUUGCCAAUGUGAUUCGGAGGCUGUGGGCUGAUAACGGUGUCCAGGCCUGCUUUAACCGCUCCCGAGAGUACCAGCUGAAUGACUCUGCUGCAUACUACCUGAAUGACCUGGAGAGGAUAGCCAGAGGGGACUACAUUCCAACCCAGCAGGAUGUGCUAAGGACCAGGGUGAAGACCACGGGCAUUGUAGAGACUCACUUCACGUUUAAGGAUCUGCAUUUCAAGAUGUUUGACGUGGGCGGCCAGAGGUCGGAAAGGAAGAAGUGGAUCCAUUGCUUCGAGGGCGUGACAGCCAUUAUCUUCUGCGUGGCUCUCAGCGCCUACGACCUGGUUCUGGCUGAGGACGAGGAGAUGAACCGGAUGCAUGAGAGCAUGAAGCUGUUCGACAGCAUCUGUAACAACAAGUGGUUCACAGACACAUCCAUCAUCCUUUUCCUGAAUAAGAAGGACCUCUUUGAGGAGAAGAUCAUACACAGCCCCCUGACCAUCUGCUUCCCCGAGUACACAGGGGCCAAUAAGUACGAUGAGGCGGCCGGCUACAUCCAGAGCAAGUUUGAGGACCUGAACAAGCGGAAGGACACCAAGGAGAUCUACACACACUUCACCUGUGCUACCGACACCAAGAACGUGCAGUUUGUCUUUGACGCCGUCACCGAUGUCAUCAUCAAAAACAACCUGAAGGACUGCGGCCUCUUCUAAUGGUGGAACGGCACCUGCUGCGGAAUGGGGGAAGGACUACUUGAACUGCAUGUACCGGAGGAGAGGCUGUCGCCGACGAAGGAAGGACUGCACCAUUUAACAACUUCUGCUUCUUGGUUUUUUGUGUUUUGUUUUGUUUUGUUUUUCCUCUCCUAAUAAAAGACUUUGGUUAAUGAUCAUGACAUGAAGGCAGCAAGCCGCCUGCUGCAGACCGUGUUUCUACCUGAACCUGCCUGGUAUUUCUCCCCCCUGUCCACCCCCACAAGGACAGAUCAGUGGCUGUAGAUUGGGACAUUUUCAUCCCGUUAAACUAAAGCGCAGCAAUUUCAAAACAAAAAAAAUUAUUUUGGGGGUGGGGGAAACCCACGUUUGUCAUUGUUUUUUUGAAACUGUGGUUGGAAUUGCUCCCGGCCAUCGUCACUUAAGAAAUCGCUUUCCAAAUGUUUACAUUCGAACCGUUGCUCUUUCAUUUGGGGCAGGGGGGGGCUCCAGCAAGUCCCUCAGGCUUCUGUGAUUUGCACAGACCAGCAAGAGAAAAAAUCAACAUUCCUUUUAAAAAAAAAUCAAUUAAAAAAAAAGAAAAGAAAAUUGUAUUUUACAUUGCUUUUUAAAGGAGAUCUUUUUUUAAAACUAUUUAACAAAGUCCAGUACUAAAUGGUCAAGUUGUCCUCACAAAAUCUUCUACACUUAAAAAAUAAAUAAAUUGUGCCUUGAGGGGUGUUAGUACGUUUACAUCUGUUCUGUAGUUUGCUCCAACAUGAGUUGUGUUUAGAAUUGGGUUCAAAUAAAUUCUCCCCUCCAGAUCUCCGGGCCAGACUCGGUCCCCAGCAUGGGGAGAACACGGCCCAGAACCUCGAGCCGCAUCUUUUCCCAUCGGCAGAACUAGGUUUCUAAGGGCUAAGACGCCAGCGAAGGACUAAGUGGUGGUGAUCACGUCCGUGUCUUUCCCGUUCCUUCUCCUCCCCUGCCCCAGUGGGCGGGGAUUGCUCAUGAGGUUGCUCUACUGUCAACUCUGUUUUAAACGUAGUUUCUUAGCUCUAACUGUAGCGUCGGUUGAGGAAACACUGCUGUACGUAAGCGGGCCCCGCGGGGCAAGCUCCUCGGGGCCCUUAGCCAGCGACGGACGCAGCCUAGCUUUUAUCACAGGAUGUUUUACCAAAUUGUUCACAUGGUUUGAAAUAAUAAAAUGUAGAAAGAAA